UUCUUCCCCGCGGGAAUUAGAUUAGGAAUUAUCAUUAUUUAACUAAAUUCAGAAAUUUCGUACUUUAUACUCGCUUGCAUAGUCUGAUCAGCGUUUAAUCACCCGCCAGGAAUGUUUUAAGCCGGUUUUAUCGAUAAUUUAUCGGGGAAAAAUAAAUAUUUUUUGGCGAUAAAACGAGAUUUGUUUUAUGAGCAAUCCGGCACGAGCGUGAUGAUCUACGGUGGCCACGUGACUUUACGAAAAUUAAGCGCGCAAGUCUUUCAAUUUGUUUACGUUAAGUUUGCAAUGAUUAAUUUAGUUAUUGUGCAAUUUUUACUUGGCACCGUUGAGAUAUUCGAUCUGGAAUGAAACACCCACGUAGAUAUAAAGCUGGCUUGACGCUGAAAUUCUCGGAGCGGAACCGCUAACUGAAAAAUCACGUCAUCUUCGAUAAGGUUUCUCGAUUUGGUGUCAGAGAACGUCUGAACAUCUACGUUAGGCGUGUCAUAGCUAGCGUCAGACAGUCUUCGCCCUUCGAUUGCGUUGCUGCCUGCUCACAAAUGUUCCAUUAUUCAUAAAAGAAAGAGCGAGGGGAAAAAAAUAUAUAGUUAGAAAAAGCUGGCUGACGUCACUCACGAUAAGUUAAUGCGGUGGGUGAGUUCGUUUUUCCAUCAUCAGAUGUUUUUAUUUGCGAACUUUUCGUUCCAUUGAGAAAUGAAAUUUGAAAGAACGUAUCUGAUUCGGUUAGAUGAGCCAACAGCAGUGGAUAAGACUACACCUGUUUCCCCAGUAUCUGUCAGUGGACGGCUAUCUUCAACAAAAAUGUCACCGGCAAAAGAUUCGUACUGGUUUGCCCAUGCUGCCGAACCCAGAGAGAUAUUUCGUCCUUUGACAAAAAUUCCUUCUUCAGAGAAAGAUGAUUCAUCAUCCACACAAGAUCACACAUCUCCCUCACAUAAAUCUGCAGAGAAAAGCACAGACCUUCAUUUAGAAGGUGUGAGUCCAGUGGAGAAAUUGCAAGUUCCACCCAGAGCUACCACACCAAACCGUCUUGGUGAGUAACUUUAUUGGAAUGUGUUUAGCCAAUAAUUGAAAAGAAAAUGGUA